AUGGCCGAUGCAUCCAAAACAGGUUCCCGAAAAAAAAUACGAGAGUAUUUUGGAAUUCGUAACGAACUAUCAGAAGUCAAUGGCAAGCUCGUGUUUGGAAGUCGUAUUGUGAUCCCAGAAUCGAUGCGCGGUUACGUCUUGGACAGAAUCCAUGAUGGACACCAGGGUGUAACAAAGUGCCGCGAGAGAGAACGUCUCUCCGUCUGGUGGCCUGGUUUAAGCAGAGGUAUCGCACAGAAGGUUGCGUCAUGUGAAUUCUGUUUAGUCAACCAGCCUACGCAGAGGAAAGAACCUCUAAGAACCACACCCCUACCAGAUAGACCAUGGCAGAUGAUUGCAGCAGAUCUUGCAAUGUCGGAUGGUCAAGAUUAUUUUAUCGUCACAGACUACUAUUCAAGGUAUAUUGAAAUCGCACACACUACAAAGUCACCUCAUACUACCUCCAAACGAGUGAUUGGUGAACUUAAGAACAUGUUUGCGAGAUGGGGAAUACCCGAACUAGUAAAGAGUGAUGGGGGACCUCAGUUCACAUCUAAGGAGUUCGAGUAG